GUCAGGACACUAUAAAUAUGCAUUUAAACAAACUAAAACCCUGAACGCACGCUCUUAAACCCUAGGAGAAGAACUAAAACACAGACGACAACCGGACAACCGUAGCAGAAUCGGCCAGGGAUGUCGUUGGACGGCAGCUUUCGUCUGGAAUUUGAGUUGGAGAGGUUCGUUAGUCGGUGCCCCAAGCUUGCUAAUCUCCCGCAAUUCGUUUAUCUACUAAAAAAGGGUGAUAAGGUUAGUGAAGAAGAAGUUGUAAAUGCCCUGGGACAAUUGAUUCUGCACCCAAGUUAUACAGUGCCAUUGGUGGGAUGUUUUCGUCCAAUUGCACGUAAAAUUGUGGACAGGAGUGUGGAGCUGCUUCGUUUAGUGCCCGAAUUGAGGGCGAAUAAUGAUGACUUGAUGACAGACUUUGAUGAAGACCGAUUCCUUAGAGAGGCUGAAUCGCAUGAUCAUGCAGAUGUUACACAUGUUGUUGAUGUUUAUGUAAGAAACGGGAAGGGUUUGAGUCUUCAUGAGCUCGCAUGUUUGGCAUUUUGUAGAGCUCUUGAUUUGGUUCCUUGUUUGAAGGAGUCAAUUUUAAGUUAUUUUAAUUUUGCUCCACCUCCUUUUGAAAGGAUCAUUCAGAGAGGAUCAUAUGUUGAUGAAGUUUCUAUGGAAGGAACUCGUCUUUUAGACAUAGUAAGAGUCUCCUACCGUUUCCUUCUGGCAGCGUGUGAGUUUACCACACUAUGGAAUUGGUCCUGCUUUCUGAACCUUGUAAAGAAGUAUACUGAUGCAGAGUUGAAGAGUAAUAUCUCUGACAUAGGAUGGUAUAGGAAGCAAAUAUUAUCGUUGGUUCUGAAUUUAAGUACAAAUACAAGUCCGAGUUCUGAAGAAGAUUUUUCUUGUUUAUUGCGGUGGCAAGAAUUUUGUCAGGAUGUUUCACUAGAGAAAGCUGGAUGGUAUAUUGAAUGUUCAAAGGGAAAAGAUGGGGAGUCUAGUGGCAAACUCAUUGGGUUUGAUCAAGGUUACUCUGUCCCCUCAACUUUUAUUUCUCUAAAUUCACCCUCUGCUGCAAUGCAUACAUCUUUGCAAUCAACAGAGAGCACGAGGUGCAAUGGAAAGCCCUUUACCAUGACAUCUGCUGUGAAGAAGAGUUAUGAGAUGGUCUUCUUGGCUGUGAGUCAGAGGUGGCCUGUUCUUUUGUAUGGUCCUGCUGGUGCGGGAAAAACUGCACUUGUUGCAAGGUUGGCACAGGAAUAUGGGAGCCAAGUUCUGUCUAUACACAUGGAUGAGCAAAUUGAUGGCAGGACAUUAGUUGGGAGUUAUGUUUGUGCUGAUCAACCCGGUGAAUUUAGAUGGCAACCUGGUUCGCUUACUCAGGCUGUUUCAAAUGGACUCUGGGUUGUCAUUGAGGAUGUGGAUAAAGCACCACCUGAUGUUCGAUCUAUCUUAUUACCUCUAUUAGAGGGGUCAAAUUCAUUCUCCACUGGCCAUGGGGAGGUGAUCAGUGUGAAUGAGGGCUUUCGGCUAUUUUCUACAGUCACAAGCUCAAAAUUGGAUAUAUCUGCAAAAGGCAAUAAUUCAGUUAGUGCAUUUUGGAGGAGAAUAAUGGUUGGGCCACCUUGUGAAGAUGACUUGCUGAAUAUUGUUAAUGCGUGGUAUCCAAAAUUGAACACUCUUGCAGCGAAACUUAUAGAAACAUUCAAAAUUGUCAAUGCGCUUUCAGCAUCUCAGUUAGGAACCAUUACAGUUGAGCGGUUCUCAUUGAGAGAUCUCCUCAAAUGGUGCAAGAGAAUUGCUGGCCAAGAUUUUUUGUGGGACCAGGAUGGACUUUCAAGUUAUGCUCGUGAUGCUAUCUUUAAAGAGGCGUUGGAUGUUUUUGCAGCCUUCUCCACUUCUAUGAAUCGGGAUGCUAUUAGGGAUGCGAUAGCAAAACUGUGGUUUGUAGAGACAUUAUGUCCAAAUAAUAAGCCUAGAUUUCAAAUCAUUUCACAGGAGAGGAAUCGGUGUCUAACAUUAAAUGUUGGUCGGGUUUCCUUAGAGUGCUAUCGGAAAAAUUUCUGCCAUGAGGAUAGACCUUUUGUUCAAAUUCGCAAUUCAUUACAUGUUCUAGAGAGAAUAGCUUGUUCUGUUAAGUAUAAUGAGCCUGUUCUCUUGGUGGGGGAAACUGGUACAGGAAAAACUACUCUUGUACAAAGUUUGGCAACAAGGCUGGGUAAAAAGCUCACAGUAUUGAACUUGAGUCAGCAAAGUGAUAUUGCAGAUUUGUUAGGAGGUUUCAAACCAGUUGAUGCACGGUUUGUAUGUUUCCCUCUGUACAAGGAGUUUGAGAAUCUUUUCACUAAGACCUUUUCAUUAAAGGACAAUGAAGGGUUUCUUAAGCGUUUAGGUAAGUUUUUGGAAGAUAGGAAUUGGAAGAAGUUACUGAUUGGUUUUCAGAAAGGUGUUGAGAUUAUUGGAAUAGGAAGAUCAGGCUCUGGUAUGAAACGCAAGAGACCUUUAGGUGAGGAAGUAAAGAAGGAGUGGGAACAAUUUUCCAUUAAACUUGAAAAGGCCCGUGCGCAAAUGAGUGCUUCUGCUGGAAUGAUAUUUUCAUUUGUAGAAGGAGCUUUUAUUACAGCUCUGAAGAAUGGUGACUGGAUAUUGCUUGAUGAGGUGAACCUGGCUCCUCCAGAGACCUUGCAGCGUGUUAUUGGUGUACUAGAAGAAGAGAAUGGGUCUCUUUGUUUGACAGAGAAGGGUGAUGUCAACUGUAUUGAUAGAAGUUCCAGCUUCCGCAUAUUUGCGUGUAUGAAUCCUGCAACGGAUGCUGGAAAGAGAGACUUGCCAUUCUCACUCAGGAGCAGAUUCUCGGAAUAUUUUGUUGAUGAUGUGAUGGAUGAUGACGACUUAACUUUGUUUGUUAAUAAUUUUAUAGAUGAGGAUCAUUCAAAUACAGAACUAGUUAGAAACAUAGUUCUGUUUUAUAAAGCAGCCAAGAAAAUAUCUGAAGAAAGUCUUCAGGAUGGGGCUAACCAGAAACCCCAGUAUAGUCUGAGGUCUCUUAGACGUGCUCUUGAUUACAUUAAGAAGGCAAAAAGGCACUUUGGAUAUGAAAAAGCCCUUUAUGAUGGCUUUUGUAUGUUCUUUCUGAUAUUGUUGGAUGAAACAAGUGCUAAGUUAAUGAACAAUUUGAUUUCUUCACAUUUGUUGGGAGGUAAACUACCUCAACAGAUCCCAUUUGACUCUUACUUGAUCAAUAAAUUAACUCAAGCCUCUAUGUGUGAUAAUUUGUUGGACAGCUAUGUUCUAACAAAGACUGUCAAAGAGCAUUUAAAGAACUUGGCUCGUGCCAUAUUUAUUGGAAGGUAUCCUGUUCUUCUACAAGGGCCAACCUCUAGUGGGAAAACUAGUCUUGUUCAGUAUCUUGCAGCAGUAACUGGUCAUGAAUUUGUGCGGAUUAACAACCAUGAACAUACUGAUCUUCAGGAAUAUCUGGGUUUGUAUGUUACUGAUGCUAGUGGGAAGCUUGUUUUCCAUGAAGGUGCACUUGUUAAGGCUGUGCGUAAUGGACACUGGAUAGUUUUGGAUGAGCUUAACCUUGCCCCUUCUGAUGUUCUUGAAGCACUAAAUAGGUUGCUGGAUGACUUCAGAGAGCUAUAUGUACCUGAAUUGAGGGAAACUGUUCGUGUCCACCCUGAGUUUAUGCUAUUUGCCACCCAAAAUCCACCCACAUUUUAUGGUGGUCGUAAGAUGCUUUCUCGAGCAUUUCGCAACCGUUUUGUGGAAAUCCAUGUUGAUGAAAUUCCAGAAGAUGAAUUGAGUACUAUAUUGGAGAAUAAGUGUACAAUUCCGCCAAGAUAUGCUAAGGUAAUGGUUGAUGUCAUGAAGGAGCUGCAAUUGCGUAGGCAGAGCAGUAAAGUUUUUGCAGGGAAGCAUGGAUUCAUAACUCCACGUGACUUGUUUCGCUGGGCUAACCGUUUCAAGGCUUUUGGGAAAACCUACGAGGACUUGGCUCGUGAUGGUUACUAUUUACUGGCUGAGAGGUUAAGGGAUGACAAUGAGAGAAGUGUUGUUCAAGAAGUUUUGGAGAGGAAGCUGAAGGUCAAAUUCUCUGAGGAUUUCUUGUACAAGCAGGAAGGAGGAUAUGGAGAAAAUUUUGAGGUUGGCAAGAAUCCGAAACUGUCAGAACACUUUGGGGGAAUUGUUCUUACUAAAAGUAUGCAGAGAUUGUACUUCCUUGUUGAGCGUUGUUACAAGCUGCGUGAGCCUGUCCUCCUUGUUGGUGAAACUGGUGGAGGAAAGACGACGAUUUGCCAAUUUCUCAGUAUCAUCUUGGCAUCCGAAUUACAUAUCUUGAAUUGUCAUCAGUUUACAGAAACUUCUGAUUUUCUUGGGGGGUUUUAUCCUGUACGAGAAAGAUCACAGAUUUCCAUGGACUUCAAAGAUAUAUGUGAAAAAUUGAUGUGUUCCAAGCCUUUUGUCCACUUUCCUGGUGAUUCUAAAAUUCCUUCAGAUAUUAAUCAAGCUUCCAAGACUCUAGACAAAAUAUCUAGAAUUGUGAGUAGUUACAAUCAGGGUUUGGUUUCCCAUCCUGAUGUGACGGCGCAAGAGCAUGAUUAUAUUAAAGAAUUGAACCUUGAAUUAGUUAAGCUACAUCAACAGUGGCAGACGAUCUUUAGGUGGAAAGAUGGACCCCUUGUUGAAGCAAUGAAGAGGGGAGAACUAUUUCUGGUAGAUGAAAUUUCUUUGGCUGAUGAUAGUGUGCUUGAACGUUUAAAUAGUGUGUUGGAGCCUGAAAGGAAGCUGUCUUUGGCUGAGAAAGGAGGUUCUGAUCUUGAGAUGGUAACUGCCCAUUCGGAUUUCUGCCUUUUUGCAACAAUGAAUCCUGGUGGUGAUUUUGGAAAGAAAGAGCUAUCUCCUGCCCUUCGCAACAGAUUUACUGAGAUAUGGGUACCUCCUGUUAGUGGCUUGGAUGAGCUUAAACUUAUUGCUCUUAGGAGGAUUAUUAACCCACAGCUUUGUAGCUUUGUGGAUCCCAUGUUAAAAUUUUGGGAGUGGUUCAAUAAUUUAAAAACAGGAAGAAUGCUUACUGUGAGAGAUUUGUUAUCUUGGGUUUCUUUCAUAAACACAAGCGGAACAAGUUUAUAUCCAGAAUCGGCAUUUCUACAUGGGGCGUUCCUUGUGUUGCUGGAUGGGCUGAGUUUAGGUACUAAUAUCUCCAAGUAUGAGGCUGCUGGGUUGAGGAAGAAAUGUUUCUUAUUUCUUCUAGGGCUGCUGAAGGAAAUCAAUUCAAAUUUUGAUUGCUCAAGUCUUGCCACACUGGAGAAUUAUGGUUGGUCUGACUCAGUUGCAGAUGCUGUUGUAUGCACUGAUAACAAGAAAUGUGAUACUCUCUUUGGUAUUCAUCCAUUCUAUAUUGAGAGAGGUAAAGAUAAUUUUCCUGCUGAAAAGUUUGACUUUCUUGCACCAACAACUCGUAGAAAUGCAUUGCGGGUGCUACGUGCUAUGCAACUUUCAAAACCUGUUUUGCUAGAAGGUAGCCCAGGUGUAGGGAAAACCAGUCUAGUUGUUGCUCUUGGCAAGUUUUCUGGCCACACUGUCGUACGCAUUAACUUGUCUGAGCAGACUGACAUAAUGGAUUUAUUGGGGUCGGAUUUGCCUGUUGAAAGUGAUGAAGGAAUGCAAUUUGCAUGGUCUGAUGGAAUCCUUUUACAGGCACUUAAGAAAGGAUCAUGGGUUCUGCUGGAUGAACUCAAUCUUGCCCCACAAUCUGUCUUGGAGGGACUGAAUGCUAUCUUGGAUCAUCGUGCUGAGGUUUUCAUCCCAGAAUUAGGUCUAACCUUUAAGUGCCCAACCUCCUUUAGAGUCUUUGCUUGUCAAAACCCUUCGUCUCAGGGUGGAGGACGGAAAAAUCUACCUAAGUCCUUCCUGAACCGGUUCACAAAGGUUUAUGUGGAUGAACUAGUUCAAGAUGACUAUCUUGCCAUCUGCAGUUCACUCUAUCCUUCAAUUCAAAGAUCUAUACUUUCAAAUCUGGUUUUAUUUAAUAAAAGGUUGCAUGAAGAGACAAUGGUUUUUCACAAAUUUGGUCAAGAAGGUUCCCCCUGGGAGUUCAACCUGCGAGAUGUGAUUCGUUCCUGUGAAAUAAUAAAGGGUGAAUACGGGAAAACAAGUUUUGAUUGUUUUUUGAAUACGGUUUAUUUGCAAAGAAUGCGGACAUCAUCUGACCGGCAAGAAGUUAUGAAGCUCUAUGAAGCAGUAUUUCAAAUGAAGCCCUAUAUAAACCCAUAUCCAAGGGUACAACUCAAUCCACAGUGGUGCACUGUUGGUAAUGUCUCCCUCCAGAGAGUUCACCAUAAGUCAUCAUAUCAUGAGCUUAAAGUCUUACCUUGUUUGCGCAAUAGCCUGGAAGCUGUGGCGCAUUGUGUAAAGCAUCAGUGGCUAUGCAUAUUGGUUGGCCCCCAGUCAUCUGGUAAAACUUCCUUAAUAAGGAUUCUUGCACAGUUAACAGGAAAUUUACUAAAUGAAUUAAAUCUUUCAUCUGCUACUGAUAUAUCUGAGCUGCUUGGAAGCUUUGAACAAUAUAACGCCAUCCGGAAAUAUCGUCUUGCCAUUUCUCAAGUCGAGGAUUAUGUGAAUGAGUAUUGCCGCCUGCAGCCAGCGUCGUUGCCCGAGGAGGUUUCCAUGCGAAGAGAUGAUCUUAUUGUUUUGUGGCUUGCUUUUGUAACAAGCAUUGAUCGUGUGCCUUCAACAAAAUACAUUGAGUCUGUUCCAUUGUUGGUUAACAUUAUUGAACAUCUAAAGUCAGAUAUUGUGACAUGUUCAUUGCGUUUGUCUUGGUCAGUCAAAGAUCUGGAUGCCACCCUCACUGCAGUAAGAAAAUGCAAUGACCACUUAAGAAGGCAAUAUGCAGCAAAGUUUGAGUGGGUACCUGGAAUUCUUAUAAAAGCAAUAGAAAAUGGAGAGUGGAUAGUUUUACAGAAUGCAAAUCUCUGCAAUCCAACAGUUCUUGAUAGGAUUAACUCUUUGGUUGAGCAGUCUGGAUGUAUAACAAUUAAUGAAUGUGGAACUGUCGAUGGAAAGCCUGUCAUUCUUCAUCCCCAUCCUCGGUUUCGUAUGUUUCUCACUGUUAACCCUGCAUAUGGUGAGGUAUCACGAGCAAUGCGAAAUAGAGGUGUUGAAGUUUAUAUGAUGGAGCCUAACUGGUUGUUUGAUAUAGAGUCCAAAGAGUUGCUUGAUGUGACUGAGCACAAAGAUGCAAUGAGAUUUCUCGUUCUUUCUGGUAUCCCUGUGGGUAAGUUGGUUGAUAUGAUGGCCCGCGCACAUAUUUAUGCCAAGAAUGAAGGUGCAAAGUAUAACAUGAAUAUUACACUUCUUGAACUCUCGCGAUGGGUACAAUUGUUUCAAGAGCUACUUACACAGGGCAAUAAGUUGUAUUGGAGCCUCCAAAUUAGUUGGGAGCAUAUUUAUCUUUCAUCUUUAGGUGAGGGUGAAGGAAGAGACAUAGUGGAUAAUGCUAGACAAUCUUAUUUAUCUGUGGCAGAACUUAAAAAAUUUCACUCAUUGGAAGAUUGGAUGUUAUGCUGGCCUGGUGGAUGGCCAACUCCCUUGAAGUUGAGAGAUCUUAUUUAUUACUCAGAGGAGUCGUGUGUGAAACAAAAUUGUAUGUACCUGGAGUUUCUGGGGUCCCAAACUGCCUGCAAUUCGAGUCUGCAACAAACUCUACGUGCUUGUCGUUCUGAUGGAUACCAAAUUUUUGAUCUGAAGAGCUUACAUAAGGUGAUGUUUCCUGGGGCUUCAGAGCAUCUAGAUGCACAUGAUUGUGGGAAAAAAGGUUUCGACCAAGGACUAGUUGUGAAAAUGCAACGAUUUGCUGCAAGCUGGGUAUUUGAGCAGGCAGCAACUAAAAGUGAUUUCAAUCUUUAUCUUAAAUAUUUCAGCCAACUUGGUUCUGUAUUACAGGAACGUGGUGAUUUCUUUAAUCAAUUUGUUAACUUGUUGCGAAAUGAACUAGAACACCCUAUAUGGAAUCACCUCCACCAUAAGAUCAUGUCUCAAAACUUGAAUGCCACACCUCUGCUCUCAGAAGAACUUGUUGAUGUAUCUGGGCCAGGCCGUGUGUUAAAUUCUUGUUGUGAACAGCUCAGAAGUGCUAUUAGUACUGUGCGCCUCCUUAGACUAAGCAAUCAACAGUGGAGCUAUGAGAAAGGCUACUCAUCCACUCCUAUUACCAAAAUCCUUGAACCUGUUUUGAGAUCUUUGCAGCAGUUUGAGGACAGAGUUCCUGAGAUGUUUAUGAAACCUACCAACUCUGAAGUGAUCUUCUUGAAGCCUCCUGAGAUGUUUUUGUCUUUGUACAGUGACCUUAUUGAACAUCAUUGUCUGUUUUGGAACAGUGUUGUUUCAUCUCAGGUUGAUUUUCCUGAUACUGGCAUGCUUAUUUCUUGGCGGUCUUUAACGAAGGUUGUCACAAAGCUGGAGGAAAUUUUCCCAAAUGAAGUAGAAAAUCUGAAGAGCAAGAUGCUAACAAUUGAUAAAGACCUGGGUUGGUCUGCCCAUUUGCAAAAGCCUUUGCUUUGGGAUCAUGGUGGGCAUCCGUUUCUCCCAUCUACUGCUGAAUUGUACGAAAAUCGAUGUCAACUGCUAAAGAAAUGCGAAGAACUAGUUUUGCCACAAAGGAGAAAGGGUUCUGAGUUGGGAGGGAGCAAUUUGUCAAUUGAAGCUGCUGCAUUAUCUUCUAAUCCUGAACUUCGAUUCCUUGCUAUGGAAGGUGUGUGCAUGUCAUCUUAUGUAAUGGAAAAAUCUGAUGGAGAUCAUCUCAAUGUUGUUAAUCAGUUGGGAGAUAUGUGCCAGAUGCUUUCUAGAAGGAUAGAUUUUGAAAAGAAAAAGUUAGAAGAGAAUCCUUCGUCUCUUCGAGAAGAACUGCGGCUAUCCAAUUUAUCUGCGUGCUGUGUCUUCACCCCUAAUUUGUUGUCUCUCAAGUCUGGGAUUGCUUGCUGGCUUGAGACACUGCCUUUAGCUGAUGAUAUUAGUUUCAUUCUUGAUACAAGACUACUUCAGCGUCUUUCCAAGCUUGAUCAGCUUCAUGAAUUAACUGCAUUGUCUGGCCGCAUUGAGUCUACUUUGAACUUUUCAUUGAACUUUUCUCCCAGGCCUCCAACAGACUUUUUGGGUCAUCAAAAGAUUUUGUGGACAUUAGAUGCUUGGGGAUCAGUGUGUGGAGUAAGUGAGAAGAUCUCUAGUUUCAUUCUUGACAUAUGGUUUGCAUGGCAUUCUGCUUUGUGGAAUCCCUUCCAUGUUGCUACUGAGAAUAUUCCAUUGGAGGGAUUUAAAGAUGAUCUUCUACCUCUACCUGAUAGGCUGUUUAAGCCAGUAAAAAUGGCAGCUGUUGAACAAAUUCUGCAGGGUACAUUUGCUGUUAGAGACUACUCUAUGCACAGUCUAAAGCUUAGAGCUUCUUCACACCACCUCUGGCACGGUUCUACGGAUGUUUGCAUAACUGAAUUCCUUUUAUCUACUGCUCGGUUCCUUUUCCAGCAGAUUGUAAGUGCUCACCAAAGUUCAUUUGAAGAUGACAAGUACAGUGAAAUCAAGUCUCUCUUUCCUUGUAAUUCAUGGAAGAUGAUUACGGAAAAUGAUGUGACGGUCAUGAUUUCCCUCCUUAAGUCCUCGAAACAUGAACAUUUUAAAAAAUUGAUCAGUCCCUUAAUUAAGCCAUUGCUGCGUUUCCUUUAUCUCCCCUGUUCAUCAACUGAUUUUAUGGGAAAUCUAGGAUCUGCGUGGUUAUUGAUUGGUGGCUUACGCUACCAUCUUUUGAUUAGCUACACAUAUUUGGAUCCCACUGUAAAAUACUCUGUAAAGCACUCACAGCUGACAGAAAAAAUUGCUUGUCUCCAGCUUGAGAAUGAGGUAAGAAGAGAGUGUACUUAUUUAUCAGGGUCCUUUCAGUUAAGAGAAGAUGACAGACAUACCAAGGUGUUAGAAGAACUCAAUACCAAGCUGAAGAAACUGCAAAAACAUAUUGUAUUUCGGCGUAAUCCUGCGAAUUUCAAGAAAUUGAAAGACGACUGUGAUUACAUUCUCACAUUCUCACAGUGGUUGAUUACAGCUGCAAAAAAUGAGCAUUCAGAGGUGGGAUCUGGGCAACUCCGAAAUUGGCAGGAGACCUCUUCAUGUUUUAUUGAGCGACUGUCAACGGAAUAUGCUGAUUACACUGAUAUAGUUCAACCAAUUCAGAUAUCAAUAUAUGAAAUGAAAUUAGGCUCGUCUCUGGUCUUUUCAAAUGUUUUAGGUAGAAAGUUAUUGGAGGAAUUGGGGAAACAAGAUAUGGAUUCAGUUCUGGGGGCGAUAUAUUCUUUCAUGAGAUUUCCUGGGGGGUGUGCACCAAAAUUUGCUUCUGUCAAGGGUGACAGUACGUUGUACAAGUUUUCUUGGAAUGAUAUUGAGCUGCCUACAAAUGUCAACUCUAUGGACUUGCAUUUGCUUGAGAAUGUUGUUACUUCCAAAAACGAUGGCAUUACUGAUGGAAUGGUCUCUGCUUCUCUUUAUCACAAUAUUCUAGUUCGAGUAAUGCAUUCUGCUGCUGAUGCGCGCUUUAUGGAUAAUUCAUCAUUUACACUUUUGGAGAAGAUAUUUGAUAAUUUUUCAAGGCGUUGGAUGCACAUGAAGAUUCAUCUGAGAAUGAAAGAAGAGAAUGAUCAACUAGUUACGUUCCGACCAUGUGCUCUGAAGAUUGAAAAUAUCAUCGAUAGUGAUAUAUCCAAUUUAGAAAGUGCUGUUUCCAAUGAUAAUUUUUCAGAUUGGAAGGAAAUGUUCUCUGGGGAUGAGCUCUCUGACAGUGCAAAAGCUAACACGGAAUGUGAAACUCCAGAGGAUGAUUGGUACUCUGUUGAAGAAUCCAUUUUAAAUGACAUGAUCCACACUCACAAUCAAAUAUUUGGUUCAACUGAUCUUGUUGAAAAUCCUGGAAAUAUUCAUGUAUUUGAUGCGGAUCGAUUUUCUACUUUCAUCCAGUCAUAUUCACUGGGUGUAAGAAUGACAAAAGAUUUGGAUGGUUUUUUGUGCUCAUGGUUAGAUGCUAAGGUUGUGCCAGAGCACUUACUUCGCCUAUGUUUGGAGCAUGAACAUAUGGUCAUUUCUCCUCGUAAAUCAGCAAAUGCGUACAACUUUUAUAAGGAUUCGAAUGCCCCCAUUAUGGCUACUAUGGUGGAUCCUGUAACUUCUCUUAAAGAGAAAAUUCUUAUGCUUUUAAAUGAAUGGGAUGACCAUCCUGCCCUACAGAAGAUAGUUGAAGUGAUUGACAUGAUCUUGGCUAUUCCUCUAAGUGCUCCUCUGGCCAAGGCCCUGUCUGGCUUGCAUUUCUUGAUCUAUAGAGUCCACAUGUUGUGUCAGACAGUUGCCAAGUUUCCAUUGUCUGAUCAAAUGAGACCUAUUUUCGCAUUAGUAUCCUCAUGGCAUAAGCUGGAGUUUGAAUCUUGGCCUGCUUUGCUUGAUGAAGUUCAAUCUCAAUUUGAGAUUAAUGCUGCAAAGUUAUGGUUUCCAUUGUAUUCAGUACUUAAGCCAAGUAAUGAAUAUACUCCAGACAUGAUAAAAAGCUUGGAUGAGUUUCUUCAAAUGUCCUGCAUUGGUGAGUUUAAAAGGCGUCUUCAACUGCUUGUUGCUUUUCAUGGACACUUCAGUAAUUGUAUAAGCAGAGAUUCUCAAUCAAGUCAUGAGAAGAUUGUGAAAGUUCUCUACAAUAGUUUUGGAUAUUAUGUGCAAUUCUUGCCAAAGAUUUUGUACCACAUGGAUAUAUCUAGAAAGAAUGUUGAAAAGGAACUAAAAGAUCUUGUGAAGCUGUGCCGAUGGGAACGUGUUGAGGGUUAUACAGCAAUAGAGAGCUUCAGGAGAACUCGGCAGAAACUCAAAAAACUCAUACAGAAAUUUACUGAUUUAUUUCAACAACCUGUUAUGUUUUUCAUCAACCAAGAAGUGACAGGAAGCUCAAUAAAUUGCCAAACCGUUGAAGGCACACAAUUCUCAGCUGGCUUCUAUGAUAAGAGUAGGAACAUUCUUAAUGCACUAUGUCAGCAGAUUCAGUUCAUAAAGGACAGCUCUCCUUACGUGGCUGUUUGGUGGAAGGAAGUUGAGUCUGUUGCUCAUGAUUUUCACUUCAGCAAAACAACUGAAAUUGAUUUCUCUGAUAUUUCCCUUAAGAGAAAUUUGGAAGAAGUUGGAAGAAUCCUCAAGGAUGGUCUACCAUCUCAGUGUUCACAGAUAUCAUGCUUUGGUGAUUGGAAUCAACUGUGGCAUACUAUUGAUGAAAUCUGUAGAACUGUAAUUGGUUGUGCUGAGAUAUGGAAGGAUGAUGGAAAGAAGUUUGGAAGACGAAGAGUUUUCUCAGAUUUACUAAAGGUCUUGGAAACGUGUGGUUUAUUUAAGCACAGAUCAACAUUCAAAACGGGCCAAGGGGAAGCCAAUGCAACAAUUUGUUGGCUUCUUCAGCCAUCCUAUGAAGUGCUGCACCUGCUCUUGACAAAAACUGCUCUUUCCUCUGGGAAUGUUGAAAAUCAUAUUCUGGGAGAGCUUCAGGGAUCUUCUUCUGAAGAUUUGAACUCUGAAUGGAAAUCAGCUAAUCAGUACUACUUCAAGAGCAUCAAAUCAAUGAAACUUUUGCAGAGUAUCAGCUUAAACUUCCAUAAGGAUUUCACUCUGGAACAGGUUGAGAGGUCAGGAUCGUUUAUUGACCAUCUUUUGACUAUUCAACAAGAGCAGCGUAGAGAUGUCUAUGAUUUUGCAAGGCAACUUAGAAAUUUCAAGGAAUGCCGUUUACCUUUAGUUAACAUGUUCUCAUGCUCCUUCCCUUUUGCUUCAACUGAGAAUACUGAUCUUCGUUUGGCCCAAAAUCAGUACAAAUCGUUUACUUGCUUGUGGCAACAAAAGCAACUCUUUGAUAGCUUAUGUGUUCUGUUGCAUGAGGAGCGUCUAUUUUUACAGACAGUAGUGGAUAACCAUUUGAGCCCUUGCACAAGUCUCAAACAUUCAGCAAUGAAAAUUCUUCUUUUCAUUGGAAAAUACUUUCCAGAUAUUCAAAAAUCUAAGAAUUUGCUGGAUGAUGUCCUUCUUGGAGUUGAUAGAGUUACAACCACAACCAGAGGAGGAACCCCAUUGCAUCCUUGUGGCAUUACAGAACACUUGGAGAAGAUGUUAAAUCAAAACUUUGACUUGAUAAAAACAUUUGAGAAUGACCUCCACACCUUCCGUGGGCAAAAUGUGGAUGGAGCAGCGGUUGAAGAUACCCUGCUUGGACAUUUCAGUGAUAUAUUUGACAAGGCCAACUUCAUGGCUUCACAGUUCAGUCCUGGUUAUGGUUCUUCAGAAAAUGAAGUUGAUUCCGAUUGUCAUUUAGAAAAUAUCACUGAAGUUGAAGUGAAGUUUGGUUUGUCGCUGAUGGAGACCUGCAAAUGUAUUAUGGAUGCUCUUCAUGCUAUGGGUUCACUAGGGAAUGAUCUCCCUGAUAAGCUGAAUAUUAAUAUGUGGAAAGCACUCUUGCAGUCAAAUAUAGCAAAACUGCAGCUGGACGUGAUUGGUGAUAAAUUACUUGAGACCGUCUGUCUAGCUGGAAAAAUAUUGUAUAUUUAUGACAGAAGAAACCCACACUUAUCUUCUCUCAUCAAAACACAUCUGAAACAUCUUUAUUCCUUGUCAAAUGCUAUCCUGGCUUUUGGGGAAGGUCUUCUGCACCAUUUUCUGGUCAUGCACAGGAUGGUAUGUUUGAUGACCCAUGUUCUCGCAGAGGUUUUUGUUUUACUAUUUUCCAAGGGAUUUGGCACUAAAGAAGACCAAAUCAAUGAGUCCAGCCAGGAUGAAACUCAGGAUGCAAGUGGUACGGGUAUGGGUGAUGGCACUGGAUGUAAUGAUGUUAGUGAUCAGAUAACUGAUGAAGAUCAACUUCUUGAACCUUCUAAAGAACCAAAUGAACAGAAUUCUUUAGGUGACAUGUCAAAUGUAAAAGAUAAGGGCAUUGAGAUGGAAGAAGAUUUUGCAGCUGAUGCAUACAGCGUCAGCGAAGAUUCUGUUGAUGAUGGAGAUGGCAAUGAAGAGAAUGAGCAAGUAGAAUCUGCUAUUGGGGAAACUGGUGAUCACAGUGAAAAAGUUGAUGAAAAACUUUGGGACAGGGAGGACGACGAAAAUAAUGAUGGCGGAGAUGAGAAGUAUGAGCCAGGCCAAGCAGUAAAAGAUAAAGGAGAUGAACGGGAACUCCAAGCUAAAGAUGACUCUGCUGCUAUUGAUGAUGAAAAGGAAGGCGCUGAUCCUGGGGCACUUGGAAAACAACCUGAUGAAAAUGGGAAUGAAGAAAGCCUCAGUGAAAUGGAAGACAUGGAUUUAGAAGAACAGGAUGCAUGUACAGAUCCUACAGGGUUGAAGCUUGACGAGCCAGAUCGAGGUCCUGAAAAUGAUGGUGAUUUGGAUCCAUCCGAAGGUACCGACCUCAUGGAUGAAGAUGAUAACAAUGUAGAUCUCUCUACAAAAAGUGAGAAUGAGGAACCAACUGAUCCAAUGGAUGAAACUUUGGAAGAGAUGGAUCACAAACGUUUGGAUGAAGAGUCUGGGGGGGUUCAAGAGGACAGCGAUCAUGAGAGUAACUUGAACAAGGAAGCACUGGAGCCAAGGAAAGACACAGUUCAGCCCGAGGCUUCCCAUGUUACAGGUCAGACUGAGCAGAAUGGUCAAAGUGCACUAGAUCUACCAGAGCCUAGAGAUGACGGUGGUCCUGAAAACUUGGAAAAUUCCAUGGAAGAGGCAGAAUGGUCUAAUGGAGGUGGACUUGAGCAUAACCUUGCUCCUGGUGGGGGCUCUAAUGGUGAUCAAGAUAUCAUGGUGGCUGGGUCAUCCAUGGGCGAUAAGCUAAGUGGAAAUAGACCUGAAACUCCAUUUCCCCUUGUUAAUUCAUCAAUUAAUAAGAAUCAGCCAAAUCCCUGUCGUAAUGUUGGAGAUGCACUUGAUGGAUGGAAAGAAAGAGUAAAGGUCUCCGUUGAUCUUGAGGAUAACAUACAGAGUACCGAUGAUUUGGUAGAUAUGGAUACAGAGGAAUAUGGGUAUACUGCAGAAUUUGACAAGGGAACUGCUCAAGCAAUAGGGCCUGCGAUGACUGACCAGGUUGACAGAAAUGUAAGUGGAAAUGAUGUUGAAGAGAAUGCUGGAUCCGACGAGAAAAAAGAUUAUGCUAGUAAAAUGGAGCUUGAUAACCUCCAACUUCAACCCCAACCUAUAGUUAGUUCUACUUCGAAUUUCGGCAAUGAUAUAGAAAUGCAAUUGGAGAAGUUGGAAACAGAAAAACAAAUUGAACCAUCUGCUCAAGAGGAUAAGGGUUAUGAUGAUUGUCCCAGUAGUUCAUCAUUGAAUUUAGUUUCUGUGAAGAGAAAUUAUUUAAGUGAGGAUAUAAAUCAAGUCAGCAAUCUCUCUGUGAAUGAUGAAAACUUGGGUAAGGCCUGGAACCUUGAAGGGGCAACUGGUGACUUGAAUGUUGCUGCUGCUCUUUGGAGAAGAUAUGAACUCCUCACAACAAGGCUAUCACAGGAGUUAGCUGAACAGUUACGUUUGAUAAUGGAGCCUACUUUGGCUAGCAAGCUCCAGGGAGAUUACAGGACAGGCAAAAGGAUUAAUAUGAAAAAGGUAAUUCCAUAUAUUGCAAGUCAUUACCGGAGAGAUAAGAUUUGGCUACGUCGUACUCGGCCAAACAAACGUGAUUACCAAGUUGUCAUUGCUGUGGAUGAUUCCCGGAGUAUGUCCGAAUCUCGUUGUGGGCACAUUGCUAUUGAAGCUUUGGUUACUGUCUGCCGUGCAAUGUCUCAGUUGGAAGUGGGAAAACUGGCUGUUGCAAGCUUUGGGAAAAAGGGGAAUAUUCAGUUGUUGCAUGAUUUUGAUCAGCAAUUUAGUGGAGAUGCUGGUAUUAAGAUGAUCUCAAGUUUUACAUUUAAGCAAGAAAACACAAUAGCAGAUGAACCAAUGGUUGAUCUAUUGAAAUACUUGAAUGAUAUGCUUGAUGAUGCUGUCAUUAAUUCACGGCUACCAACUGGAGAUAAUCCCCUCCAGCAACUCGUUUUGAUAAUAGCAGAUGGUCGAUUUCAUGAGAAGGAAAGUUUGAAGCGUCGUGUCAGAGACCUCUUGAAUAAAAAACGCUUAGUUGCAUUUUUGCUGCUGGAUAGCCCUGAAGAAUCCAUCAUGGACCUCCAGGAGGCGACAUUUGAAGGCGGAAGUGUGAAGUUGUCCAAGUAUAUGGAAUCAUUCCCCUUUCCAUACUACUUGGUCUUAAGGAACAUAGAAUCCCUUCCUAGGACACUAGCCGAUUUGUUGAGACAGUGGUUUGAGCUUAUGCGGUCCUCACGAGAUUAGCUGUAAUGCACUGCAAACACGAAAAGAUUCUUUUGCUCCCUUGGGAAUGACUCCAAAAUGCAGCAAUGUAACCUUUAGCUGUCUGUAUUGUUCUUAGAGCAAUUAAUUUGUUUCAUUGAUUGAUGCUAUAAUUAUUGUAGCUCUAAGCAAUUUUGUCAUUAAUUCAUUGGCCUUAAUA